CGAACCUAAAAGUGCAACUGGGGCAGGGGUUCCUGGUGUGGCAUAAGGAGCGCCGACCUUUCCUGUUCCUUGUUCGCUGGGGGUCCAGGGGUUGAAAACCUCCCUGGGGGGAAAAGGGUGCUGAAGACCCCCCGAGGUUGUAUCUCUGAUUGCCCACACAAACCCCUCGUCCUACAGUAAGAACUUGUAGUGAGAGGAACAGUAAUGCACUAAUGGGAGCUAGCUGAAAGCAAAUGACAAGAAGCAUCAUCCACCAAUAAUCAGCUUCUGAGCCUACCUAGGUGGUAACGCAAUGGCUGUGUGGAUCCAGGCUCAGCAGCUACAGGGAGAUGCCCUGCGUCAGAUGCAAGCCUUGUAUGGACAACACUUCCCUAUCGAGGUGCGACAUUACCUAUCACAAUGGAUAGAGGCACAGACUUGGGAUUCCGUGGAUCCAGAGAACCCUCAGGACAGUAUGAAAGCUACACAGCUUCUUGAGGGCCUGGUGCAGGAGCUACAAAAGAAGGCAGAACAUCAAGUGGGGGAGGACGGCUUCCUGCUGAAGAUCAAGCUUGGGCAUUAUGCUACCCAAUUCAAGAACACUUAUGAGAGAUGUCCUAUGGAGCUGGUUCGAUGCAUCCGACACAUUCUCUAUCAUGAGCAGAGGCUUGUUCGGGAAGCAACCAAUUCCAGUUCUCCAGUUGGUGGCUUGGUAGAUACAAUGUCCCAAAAGCACCUUCAGAUCAACCAAACAUUUGAAGAGCUGAGAUUAAUCACGCAGGAUACAGAGAAUUGUCUAAAGAAGCUUCAACAAACACAAGAAUACUUUAUCAUCCAGUACCAGGAGAGUCUAAGAAUCCAAGCUCAGUUCUCCCAGCUUUCACAGCUCAGUCCCCAGGAGAGGCUUCCCAGAGAGGCCACCCUACAGCAAAGACAGGCGUCACUUGAAGCAUGGUUACAGAGGGAAGCCCAGACCCUUCAGCAGUACAGAGUGGAUUUAUCAGAGAAACACCAGAAGACUCUCCAGCUCUUGCGCAAGCAACAGACAAUCAUCUUAGAUGAUGAGCUGAUUCAGUGGAAGAGACGACAGCAGCUGGCAGGGAAUGGGGGACCUCCCGAGGGCAGCCUGGAUCUCCUUCAAACCUGGUGUGAGAAGCUAGCAGAGAUUAUCUGGCAGAAUAGACAGCAGAUCAGACGAGCCGAGCAUCUUUGCCAACAGCUUCCCAUACCUGGUCGUGUAGAGGAACUCCUUGCCGAGUUAAAUGCCACCAUCACCGAUAUCAUAUCUGCCUUAGUUACCAGCACAUUCAUCAUUGAGAAGCAGCCCCCACAGGUGUUAAAGACACAGACAAAGUUUGCAGCCACUGUAAGAUUGUUGGUGGGUGGAAAGCUGAACGUUCAUAUGAACCCACCACAGGUAAAGGCUACCAUCAUCAGUGAGCUGCAGGCAAAAGCACUGCUGAAGAAUGAGAACACACCACGCAAUGAAAGCAGCGGGGAAAUCCUAAAUAACUGCUGCGUGAUGGAAUAUCACCAGGCUACAGGAACGCUCAGUGCCCACUUCAGGAACAUGUCAUUGAAGAGGAUCAAGCGCUCAGACAGACGGGGAGCAGAAUCAGUAACAGAGGAGAAAUUCACAAUCCUUUUUGAGUCUCAGUUCAGUGUCGGAGGAAAUGAACUGGUGUUUCAAGUCAAGACAUUGUCUCUCCCAGUUGUGGUCAUUGUCCAUGGCAGUCAGGACAAUAACGCGACAGCUACAGUGUUAUGGGACAACGCUUUUGCAGAGCCGGGCAGAGUGCCGUUUGUUGUACCAGACAAGGUCUUAUGGCCACAGUUGUGUGAAGCUCUGAAUAUGAAGUUUAAAGCUGAGGUGCAGAGUAAUCGAGGGCUCAGUGAAGAGAACCUAUUGUUUUUAGCACAAAAAUUAUUUAACAGCAACAGCAACCACAAAGAAGACUAUACCAACAUGACUGUUUCCUGGGCUCAGUUCAACCGGGAAAAUCUUCCAGGCUGGAAUUAUACUUUCUGGCAGUGGUUUGAUGGAGUUAUGGAAGUACUAAAAAAGCAUCUAAAGCCGCACUGGAAUGAUGGGGCCAUACUGGGUUUUGUGAACAAACAGCAGGCCCACGACAUGCUGGUUAAUAAGAGAGACGGGACCUUCCUCCUUCGGUUCAGUGACUCUGAAAUUGGCGGCAUCACCAUUGCAUGGAAAUUUGAAUUGCCUGAUAGAGCACUGUGGAACCUUAUGCCAUUCACCACUCGUGACUUCUCUGUGCGCUCAUUGGCAGACCGGCUUGGAGAUCUGAAUUACCUCAUCUAUGUGUUUCCAGACCGGCCAAAAGAUGAUGUUUUCUCAAAGUAUUAUACACCCGUGCUCUGCACCCCCGCCAAAGCUGAUGGCUAUGUGAAGCCACAGAUCAAGCAAGUAGUUCCAGAGUUCGUUGCUUCUGACAUUAUUCCACCUACCAGCUACAUGGACCAGGCACCCUCUCCGGCAGUCUGCACUCAGUCUCACUAUAACUUAUACCAACAGAACCCAGACUCGGUGCUUGAUCCUGACGGAGAGUUUGACCUUGAUGACAGCAUGGAUGUAGCCCGGCAUGUUGAGGAGCUUCUACGGAGACCCAUGGACAACAACCAGUGGAUACCACAUGCUCAGUCUUGACUUGGUCCUCACAACCCCAAAUACCUCCAUUUGGAGGAAAAUGUUCAGAAUGUGAAUUGUUUUUCACCCAAAUUCAUUUUGGUAUUUUGUGCAUGAUAAAUUCAAGUGUUUUUUUUUUUUUUUUUUUUUUUUUUUUUUAAAUUUUAUAUUUUCUGGUACAGUUUUAUUAUUAAGCCCCAUCCCCUCUCAAAUCCCCCUCAUAUUGCAUUUUUAAAGACAUUUUCUUUUCUUUACUUUUUUUUUCUUCUAUGACUUGUUUUUUCCCAAGGGACAUUUUUGUGGUCUCUAAAUGUUGUCACGGGUGCAAUCCCUUAUAGAAAACCAAAGUAAGCUUAUUACUUGUCAAUCAUGUUUACUUAGAAUUUUUUUCUCCCUCUCCAAGGGUAAAGGAAUAAGAAAGAUAAUAUAAGAAAAUAUUACUCAGGCUUUAGAGACAAGUUUUAAACACAAAUAUAUUUAAGAUAAAUAUAUAUACUUCAAUAUAUAUAUAUAUAUUUAUAAAUAGAAUUUAACCUAUCUGAUCUGUAGUCCCUUUUUCCAUAUGAGAAGAAUAGCACUGCUUGAGAGGAAAAAAACAAUUGCAUGCUUUAGCAUUCUCUUGUUUUCUCUUUACAUAGAGAAAGCUGUAACUUCAUCUGGAUAUUUGGCAGCAGAUAAUGAGUCCUUUUGUAGCUAAUCAGGCUGACAUGUUUGUUAUUUUUAUGUGUUGUAUGCAUAAGAAAUAUGAAACACAAAGAUCAAUUCAGGGAUAUUCAGAGGGUUUGUGUGUGUCAUUUGUGCGUGUGUUUGUGUGUAUAGGGUGUAAACAAUUAGCUUUGUAAAAUUCCCCAAUUUAAGUAAAAAAAAUUAUAUAAAAAUAUUCUGUAUAUUAAAAACAUGCUGAACAUGUGAUGCUGUAAGCCCAUGCACAAAUAAACCUUUAUUAUGAAAAUAUGCACUAGCUUUUAUCCACUUGAGCCAUGUUUUAGCCGAUUACACUAACUUCAUUGUUAAUGAUGGACAUUUCCAGGUCUGAUAGCAUUGUAUGGAAGGCAUCACGUAAAAAAAAAGUGUCUCCUUGGCACAGUCCACCUGGAUCUUUAAAGAUUUCACAGGAAUUCACAUCCACUUUCACAAGUUUGUUAUACAAGGAUGUAAGGUAUUUAUUGUUACAUUGUAUAAUUGUACCUAUAAUGUCAUAUGCCAUUUAAUAUUUUGUAUUCAAAUAGUUGCUAAUACCAAUUGGGACAAUAUUUUAACACCUGCUCCCCUUCCUUUUUGAUCAAGCCAGUUGCUAGACCUUUUUUUCCAAUGUUAAACUCACACUCAUUGAACCAUAUCAGUACACAUGGGUAUAUGGCCUCUGACUGAUGGAAUAUGUAGCGAUGCAUCAAGUUUAAGGAGAUAGAGACCUCCACAUAUACUAUUCUCCUUUCUUCUAAAGUUAGUUAACCUUGUGUGUAUUUGAAGUAAGGUAAACUGAGAUGAAGCUGUGCUCCAGCAGAAGUGUUUGUUAUUUAGUACAGACUAAGAAACAAGGUUUGACCCCUCUUGGUACAGAAUACACUAUUCUGCAACUGGAAUAGACCAACGGUUCCUUAUAGUUCUACUCACAGACUACUGUUGGAGACCAUAUCUGUGACCUUGCAAGUAGUUUAAUUUACAGGCUCUUUGAUUAUCCCUUGGGCUUUCUCAUUGGAAAUAUUAACCAUGGCUAUAUUUUAGAGUGUAGGUAGGAUAAUGUCAGUGAUUAUUCCAUUUGUAUACUGUGCUAAAUCAGGUGGACCAGUACAGUUUCAAAAUACUUUGAAAAUCAGGUUGUUUGGUCCUUUUUUUAUGGUAAUUGAAAGGAUAAUGGGUCUACAUGUAUCCCUUCAUUUUCAUUGUUGUUCUUUUCAUAACCAAUUGCUAGUUGUUUCCAUAAAUGUAUUUUGCUAUCCCUAAAUGUUUGGCACAUGCUAAGUAGAUGUCAUUUUUAACAAAGUAACGUGCUUUUAAUAGUGGUUAUACUGUUAACCUGCUAUUGUUGUCUUUUGGCCCAGAACCAGCAGUUCAGUCAGUGAGCAAUCCAUGGCAUGGCUUAUGACAUGUCUACUGGCUAUAGCCUUAGCAGAUUUGUGUCUAAUAAUUAAAAGAUUGCCGGCAUGGAAAAAAAUCAAACAAAAUCUUUGGGGGAUUUUUUUAAUGCAUUUAUUUAUCCUUCACAUCCAUAUAAAUAUUUCUCCAUUUAAAUCUGCCUUUAUUACAUUUUUGAGGGACUGACCUUGCAGUACUGACAAAACUUAGAUAAGUAUGGCAGAGUGGAAGACUUAGAUCAUCUGGCCCUAAGGCUGAAAUGCCUAUUAAGAAAUUGCAUUAUCCCAAUAAUGUUUUUAAAAGAUUUUUCAACAUGCAUUUGAUUGCAUAUACUUUAGAAUUAAAUUUUAUUUGGAUAACUUAUUACUUCUGUAUUAUUGUGUUUUAUAUUAUAGAUAUUAUUAUAGAUAUAAGGCUAGAUUACAGUGGCAUGCUAAAGUUAGCACAGGUUGCAAUAAGCAAUAUCACAACUGCGCGUAUAUUACAAGUUGAAAGUAAACAGUAUGCUCGACCACAAACAUAAUUUUGCUAACGUGAAUGAAAACCUAGCGUAAACUGUAAUGGGUAAAAAAAAAAAAAAAUGUGCACCAAACACAACAUAAGUACAAUAAAAUAAAGUGUUACACUCAUGUAUACAGUUUCUAAUACAAUAAAAAAAUAUUCAUAUGAAUAUUUAUAAAAAGUUUUAUAUAAGGGUUAAAAUAUGAUAUAUGAAAAGGUGUUUGACUGGAAAGGGCUAUAAUGUAUGUUUAUGAAUGUGUGUGUGUGUGUAUAUAUAUAUAUAUAUAUAUAUAUAUAUAUAUAUAUAUAUAUACACACACAAUUUGGAGCCCUUUCCAGUGAAAUACCUUAGAGGUUAGAAAAUCAUUUUAAAUCAAUUUUAAUAUUUCGUAACGUGUUUGAAUAUGUUUUUCUGUAUGUGUGUGUAUGUAUAUAUAUAUAUACACAUACAUACAAAAAAUAACACUCUCUGGAUUUAAGCACAGAAAAAGGUUUAUUCAGUGAGGAUUCAGGGUUUACACCCCUUCCUCAGACCUGAGAAAAGGGUGUACACCUCGAAAGGUCACUGAAUAAAGCUUUGCUGUGCUUAAAUCCAGAGAGUGUUAUUUUUUGGAUAAAUAGUUGACUACUUCUGCACCCAGGUUCUUUGCAUUCCUGCUGAUGAGAGUGUGCCUAAUCGUAUUGGUAUACAUAUAUAUCAUUUAAAAAUAAAAAAGAACAUUUUCUGUUCUGUGAAGGACUUUGUAAUGUAAAAUAUUCAUAACUACCUUUUAGUGCUGUAGGUCUAACGCGGUGUCAGGUUAGUGUGCAAGCUAAGUUCGUUUUUUGGGGGGUUUUGUUCUGAGCUCUCCAUCAAAGUUUACGUGGAGAAGAAUUUAGCACACCUCAGGUUUCGCUCAAGCACAGACAAUUUACUUUAAACUUGUAAUAUGUGUGCUAACUCACGUGCAUUAAAAGUUUAUUUGAGCAGUGUUUGCGCACAGACGGAAACAAAAUUAGCGCCCUUCUUGUAAUCUGGCUAAUAUUGGCUGUUGUUUUAAAUGAAUCACGAUAUUUUAUUAUGUGUAACAUAACAACAGAUUUUGAUUGGUUGAAGGUAAGAGGGUGGAGGGUGCAUAUUCCUUGUGCAAUUAAUUGCCAUUAAUUGCAUAGUGGUACAGUGUUUGUUGACAGCCACACUGGGGCUAGUUUGCCUUUGUCUGAUCACACAUAAUACUUUUCCCUUUCGUUUAACUGCCCCUUACACUUGUCUCAAAUAAUGUGUCUCUGUCAUCUACUGAAGUUCUUUCUCAAUUGGUGGUUGAUGACAGAAGUUGACCAAGGGAAGUGGUGCUUCGCUGGCCAACAUGAAAUGUAAUCUCCACUGAUGUCAAUCUUGUAGGUAGUGACUUGUGUUAAGAUCAAUUCAAGGCUUAGGGAAAGAGAGUCCUCUCCCCAUAAAAGUUUAGGGCUCGGGGCUGUGUUUCUGGCUUUAAAGACCUGGCAACCCCUUGAUCAUUAGUGUUCAUGAUUAUCAGACUACAUGAUGGAGGUUGCAUAUGACAGGUUUCAUUGCAGGCUUGCAAUGAAAGAAGCUGCAGGUAUUCCCUAUCAGGCAGAAUCCAUAUCAGAGUGAUAUCUCCCACCAAAGUUGUUUUUCUUCAUGGAAAUGGCAACAGGUAAAAGAUACAAGAAUUGCAUUUUUGCAAGAAGGCCAUGUAGUCUGCCUUGCAUACAAUUCCGAUUUAUCCUAGCUUUGUGAAGGAAUAAUCUAGAUUUUAUUAAAGAGACAGAGACGAUAAUUUUGCAUAAGACUUUUCCUUUACUGCUCAACAGCCAUUCAAUUUAACAAUAAAUAGUUUAAACAUUUAACAUAGAAAUCACAGAAAUUAUUAUACUGACCAAUGAAAUACAACCCUUGAUCGUGUGAUCUAAAGCAGACCAAUCAGAAAAGUUCAUUCUGAUAUAAACUGUCCACAUAGUAUCCCAACUGCCUCUUUGAACUUUGGUGCUUGAGAAGAAAAAGUUGCACAAAUAAGUACAUAAACCGAAACAAAAAACAGGAACCAGAAAAAAAUAGAGAAAAAACAUGAAACAUAGUCCAUCAGACGAAACUUAAAAAGGAUGAAAUCCUGAAGAACUGAAAGAUAAUCCACCACUUGAAUCUUAAUCUUGAAGAUUAAAACUUGGAUGAGUGAAAAGUUCAAAAUCCUGAAUAAGAAGGACCUGGAGAUAUAAUGAUAUAUAAAAUAAUUAUCCAAAUUUAAAUAUAUACAAACAGGCUAAGAAUAUAGGAAGGGAAAAUAAUCGUCUCUGUCUCUUUAAUAAAAUCUAGAUUAUUCAUUCACAAAGAUAGGAUAAUCUGAAUUAUAUUACAAGGACAGAGACUCAUAUUUUGCAAGUUUAAAGCUAAACAUAAAAUAUCAAUGUAAUAAACAUUGGGGUAUAGACUUAAUAGGUUUAAAAUAAAAUUGUCUAAAAACUAAAUCUGAAGACCAGUCGGCGGCAUUUAGAAUUUCUCGAAGAGAUGCUGAUUUACAAAAAGCUUUAGAAGCAGCAGCUACUCUUAUAGAAUGAAAAGAAAAAGAUUUACCAAUACCUGCUUCACUCAUGACCCAUUUAAUCCAUCUACUAAUGGAAGUGGAAGAAACAGGAAGGUGAGGAGGUGAAAAAGAAAUUAAAAGUUGAUUAGAGGAAGAAUAAUUUCUAAAUGAAGUAGUACGUUUUUCAUAUUCCUUGAGACAAAGUACCACACACAAAAGGGAGCGAUCAGAAAAAUAAGGAUAAAAGAUGGAGGAAGACAUAGAUUUAGUUCUUCUAGAAAUAUUAAAAACAACACCUUGAGGUGAAAACAUUUUAGACGAAAAAUCUAUAGCCUUUACAUCAGAAACCCUUCUGCAAUAUAAUAGAUAAAGUAGAGUUGCAAGUUUGCAAGUAAGUUGUUUAAGAGAAAGUAAUUAAUUACAAGGCCAGGAUUGAAAAAGAGAAAAUAUUAAACAUCCCAGAAAGAAGAAUAUUUAGCAGAAGGAGGUCUCUUUUUAAUAGAUUUCAUAAGUCUAGAAAUAUAAAUAUGUUGACCUAUAGGAGAAUUAUUAAUCAAUUCAUUUUCAGCAGAAAUAGCCAAUCUAUAAACAUUAAUAGAUCUAUAAGCUAAACCUGUGUCAAAUAGAGAAGUUAGCAAAUUUAAAAUUUCAUUUAAAGGAACUGAAAAGGGAUCUAAAUGUCUUUCACAGCACCAGCUAGACAAUUUAGACCAAAAGGAUAAGUAACAUUUCUUAGUUCCUGGUGCCCAGGAGUCUUAUAACAAUGAUUUAGCUGCUGAAGAAAGACCUUCGGAAGCCCAGGAUCCCCUGAACUUGUCCAUGCAAUAAGUUGAAGAGAACCUUGAAGUACUAGGUUGUGAAAAUCUCCGUUUGGAUCUGACAGAAGGUAAGGAACAAGAGGUAAAAGAAGAAGAGAAAGAUCCUGAUUCAUAAGAAGUAUAUCUUCUAAAUAUAUGAUUAGACAAACACCUCUUAGUCUCAACCAAGCUAUGACUGGUUUUAAGAUUUUGGUGAAAACCCAAGGAGCAGAGGACAGGCCAAAGGGGAGACAGGUAAACUGCCAAAUAGAAUCUUUCCAGACAAAUCGAAGAAAUUUGUGAUGAGAGGGAUGAACAGGGACUGUUAAAUAAGCAUCUGUUAAAUCCAGUCUUACUAACCAGUCUUUGUCCAUAAGACAAUCCCUCAGCAGAUGAAUUCCUUCCAUCUUGAAAUGGUUGUAAGAAAGAAAGGCAUUCAGAUUCCUCAGAUUUAUCACAGGGUGAAAGUAUUCUUCUUUUUUUUACAAUUGUUUUUGCGAAGACAAUAGGAUUGAUAAGGAGGGGACAUAAAAUCUAGAAGACCUGAAAUAGUCUGAAUUACCCAAGCGUCUGAUGUAAUUAAGGCCCAAUUUUUUAUAAAUAGGAACAAUGUCCCUCCAACUUUGUGUGGGAAAAAAAGUGUGUUGUGUAAAGAGAGUAGUCUUGUCCUGUAAUUGGUCUAGGGUGAGACCUUGAUCUUGAGAAUCUUGGGGUCCAGGAGCGUUGUCUUGAGGGAAACAAAUUUGUGAGGGAUGGGUUUGGAGGAGGGAAUUGCUGAAAUUGAGGUCUGUUACUGAAGUAUGGACGACCGGGAAAACAACCUCUUCCUUUCCCGGCCCAUUCAAAAACACGACUUGGUUGGUUAUAAAAGAUUUUCUGUGGAAGUUUUAACCUUGUUUAAUGAAUUAAAGGUGUUAACAUAAGAAUUGAGUUCUUUUAAACCCAAAUUUCCAAAAAGUAAACCCUCCGCCUGAGGACCCAUCCCUGUAGAGGCAAAAUCCGAUAUCGUGGGGUCUAUUUUCUAUGUUGAGUAGAUAAUGUUGUAUUAGCAUCUCCUGAUAAACAGAUCUUUGGAUCUAUUGUCUUACAAUAUAAGGAUCCAACAUGGCUUUAUUUACAAUUGCUUCAUCAGUUAAUUCAAAAACUUUAGUAAUUGGUCCCAAAGUAUCUAAAUAUCUAUCUUGACAUGCCUUUAAAAACCUGUCAGGGCCUUACUUGAGAUGAAAACUCUUGUUAUUAACAAAUUUAAUUAUAUUUGCAUCAAUCUCAGGUGUAACAGAAGUGUUAUGGGGCAAAUCUGGACGAGAACACUCUGUCCUAAGGGUAGAUCUUGCUUUGUUAGAAAGAGACUUCUUCAUAUAAUGAUAAGGAAACUUAGCUUCCCUCUUAGAGGGUCUCCAAUUAGAUGAUCAAGGGUGCUGGAUAUCUUCUGGAUCUAAAUAUUCCAGACCCUCAUUAUCAACCAAUUUAACUUUAGAUUUCUUAUCCAAUUUUUUAAGUUUUUUUAGCUUUUUUAACUUUAGGGGUAUAAUCAGAAGAACUACUAUCUGAAAAUUCUGGGGUAAAAAUAGACUGCCAAGAAUUAUUAUCAGUAUCCAUAUUGGAGUCUGAAGACUCAGAUGUAGAGACUAAGGGGCCUAUCUAUCAAGCUCCGAAAGGAGCUUGACGGCCCGGGUUUCUGGCGAGUCUUCAGACUCGCCAGAAACAGCAGUUAUGAAGCAGCAGUCACAAAGACCGCUGCUCCAUAACCCUGUCCGCCUGCUCUGAUGAGGCGGUCAGGAAUCGCCACAAUUCAACCAGAUCGAGUACGAUCGGGUUGAUUGACACCUCCCUGCUGGCAGCUGAUUGGCCGCGAGUCUGCAGGGGGCAGCGUUGCACCAGCAGCUCUUGUGAACUGCUGGUGCAAUGCUGAAUACGGAGAGCGUAUUGCUCUCUGCAUUCAGCGAGGUCUGGCGGACCUGAUCCGCACUGUUGGAUCAGGUCCGCAAAACCUUUGUUAAAUAGAGGCCUCUGUCUACCUUUCUCUUGGCAGCACGUUUUUUAAGGAGCAAUAAUCUCAGACUUUGAAUCAGAAUCUAAGGAAAGAUGAAGAGAAUCACAAGAAUUAUCUCUCUUGUCUGAACUAUUACCUCUAUUACCAACAUUUUUUGUUUUAAAUUUUUUAGAUAAAUGUUUUGUUUUUCUGGAAGCUUUCCUUGGGGAACCAGGAUUUUUGACAGAAUUAAUAACUGUCUGAAAUUGUUGUUUUAAUUCUUUAAUAGAACCAUCAAGCAUAUUUUUAAUAGAUUGUUCUGAAAAAGAAUGAGAUUCUUCUUGAGAUAUUUUAAAAUAAAUAAAUAAUUAAUAAAAACAAAUAAUUAAUAAUUAAAAGUUCAUUAACAAUAGAAUUAAAUAAAUUAUGGCACACAAUCAAUAAAACAUUUUUAAAAAAUUGUAUUAAAUAAAUAAGUUAUUGAAAUAAACUGAGGAUUUAGUAUUAAGAUAACAAGUCAAAAAACGUUACUAUAUUCUGUCUAAAAUAUCAACUUCUACUAAACUCAAAGCAACAAAUAUUGCGAUCUGUCUGGAAGUCCUGUGAGGAGAAAUAAUGGGCGGGAGAGAUGAUGCAGUGCCAAAGAGAAGACAGCUGCAUCACAAAAUGGGGCGUGGAAGCGCGCACAGGAAACAGGAAAUGUCGGACCAAAAGAUACAGAAAACCGACGAAGACGCCACAACACCGAGCAGAGUACUAAGAGAGUGCAUUAAUGUGAAGUAAGUAUAAAAUUAGAGUAGAAAAACUAAACAAAUAAACAAAAUAAAGGGAAAAUGAGCAGAAACGGAAAGAGAUAAAUAAAUAAAAUUAUACCAAAAGCAGAAAAAACUUUAUUGAAAAUAAUAAAAAAAUAAUGCAAAUUAAAGAAAACAAGAAUAAAAGUCACACAAUUAAUAGAGAAAAAAAACCAAACAGAAUUAUUAUAAUAUACAAAAUUAAAUAUUCACAAAUAUAGAGCUCACAAAAUAUACUUAUCUUUGAGAGCAGCAAAGUUCAAAGAGGCAGUUUGGAUACCAUGUGGACAGUUUAUAACAGAAUUAACUGUUCUGAUUGGUCUGCUUUAGAUCACACCAUACAGGGUUGUAUUUCAUUGGUCACUAUAUUCAUUUAUGUGAUUUCUAUGUUAAAUGUUUAAACUAUUUAUUGUUACUGAAUGGCUGUUGAGUAGUAAAGGAAAAGGCUUAUGCAAAUAAUGAGUCUCUGUCCUUGUAAAAAAUGCACUAAAUUCUAACAGUGUGUGUGUGUGUCUACUGCAGCAGCUUUUAGUAGAAAAGUCAAACACACUGUGGUUCCUCAGACUUAGGCAAUGGUUUUCUCCCCACCCUUGUCAUCCCUUGAGGCCUAUUAGAUUUGUACCCUAAAUACUAGGGUUCCAUUAGGAUUCAAUAUUGUAGCUAAUUUAAUUAACUUUUGGUAUUGAAAUAAUUACAUGUUGUUAUUAUAGCUUUAUAUAUCAUUAUCCUUUAUUAUUUUAUGUGGUUUUAUGUGUAUUGUUGACAUUGCUAUUAGUUAAACUCUACGCCAGACAUCCUCAAACUUGGCCCUCCAGUGGUUUUGGACCUACAUUUCCCAUGAUGCUCAGCCAGCUGAUAUGCUGGCUGAGCAUCAUGGGAAAUGUUCCAAAACCUCUGGAUGGCCAAAUUUGAGAAUGUCUUCUUUACGCCAUUGGGAUCACUUAUAUUAUCAUACCCUAUAUACUAUGUACCUUUAAAUAUUUUAUUGUCUACAGAGAAAGAUUUUUUCAAAUGAUUAAUCGGCUUGUAUUCUGUUUCUUUAAAUAUAGGGGCAGGAGUAUUGGAGAUUUUGAUCUAUGAUUAAGGCACCUUUGUGAGCCAAAACACAACUUUUCUUUUUAUUUGCAAUGCUGUCUGGUGCUUUGUGUUGAAUAAAGAUUUUAUUUUAUUUUACCUCCUGUUGCAUGCCUGCUCCGCUGUUGCAUUUGUGCAAGAAGGCCAUAUAGUCUUCCUUGCAUACAUUCACUAAAUUAUUCCAGUGUGUACUUAAGCAGCAUUUAGUAGAAAAGUCAAACACACUGUGCUUCCUCAGACUUAGGCAAAGGUUUUCUUACCAUCCUUGCUAUCAUAUGGUACGUCUUUGGUACUGACUCGCCAAUAUUGAUAUGGUUCUACUAGAGUGUGAGAGAGAACCAGAUUUGUAAUUAUUGGUUUAUACAUACCAAUAAAUUCACAAUAUAUUACACCCUGCUUACCACUGUCAUUUCUCUUUCCGCUCCCCAUUGAGGUUUUUGGUUGGUCAUAUAUAAAACAGAAAAGGUAAGGUUUUAUUUAGAGGGGUACCUACUUACUCAAAGUACUAGGAUGUGUUUCUACCAAUUGCUGUAGUCAGAAGGCAUAUACUCACCACCAUUCUGAUAUAGUUUUAUGUUGGCUGUGAUGAAAUAUCAAUAAAGUAUAAAACUGUUUUUGGAUCUUUGGUUUACAACCUGUAUCAUGACAGACCUGCCUAACAGUUGUGUGUGCUUUGUCACAAUAUCUAAUCAACUGAGCCUAAAUUAGAUUCCACACCUCACAAUAUACUGUUCAAAAAUAAGAAUUUAUUUAAGCUAAUUUGUCAGCAAUGCAAAUAUGCACUUCGUAAGAUCAUAUUAUACUAAUGUUCAAAUUCAGUGGGGAGCAGGGAUUUCCUCACCAAUAUCAGUACACAAGUCACAAACAGUAUUUUUUGUCUCACAAAGUUAUGUUUAAGAUGUGUUAAUAAACUGUGUUUUUAAUUAUUAUAUAGAUAGAAUUAUUUUAUCAUUUCCUUGUGGAAAGUGGUUGUGAUUUUAAGUUUAAUGGCUUGAGCAACCUUCUUAUGUAUGCAUUUAUAUAUAAAUAUAUUUUAAAAGCCAUAAGAGGCAUCGCCUUCUCCCUGUUGCAUUGAAGGACUAUAGUCAGUAUCAGAAAAUCACACACAAGCAAAUAUUUUACUUUUUUGUAUGGUUUUUUUUCUGCCUGAUUCCAAGAAAUUUUAAAUAUUAAAGGGACACUAAACCUAAAUUUGUUCUUUCAUGGUUUCAAUUUCAAUUUUCCUUCGUUCUCUUGCUAUCUUUAUUUAAAAAGCAGGAAUGUGAUGCAUAGGAGCCGGCCCAUUUUUAGUUGAGAACCUGGGUUAUGCUUGCUUAUUGGUGACUAAAUGUCAACCACAAAUAAGCAAGCACUAUCCAUGGUGCUGAACCUAAAAUGGGCUGGCUACUAAGAUUUACAUUCCUGCUUUUUAAAAAAAGAUAGCAAGACAAUGAAGAAAAAUUGAUAAUAGGAGUAAAUUAGAAAGUUGCUUAAAAUGUCAUCCUCUAUCUGAAUCAUGAAAGAAAAAAUGUGGGUUUAGUAUCCCUUUAAGCAGGAUGUAUGUUUUAGUAUUUUUAACCCCUUAAGGACCAGCGACGUACCCUGUAUGUCACUGGCCUUUUUUUGGAACUUGAUUGUUUUAUAGCGCAAUCUUGCCAUUAUCGUUGAGACUGCUCUAUUCCACAAAGCCUGCUGGAGGGAGGGCAUUAAUAGCAUGUUCUUGCUAGACUUGUGCUAUUAUGUCCUGAAAAAACCCUUAACGACCAGUGACAUACAGGGUACAUUGUGGUCAUUAAGGGGUUAAGUAUUACUUUUCAAGAAAGAUCUACGCCAGAAAUAUAUUUUGAAAGGGAAUAUAAAAAUGCUUGGUAUAAGACUCAAACUGGUAUACAGUAUAUAAAGGAGCAAAUAGGGACUGCAGGGAAUGGCAUAACUUUAGUCACAUCUGUUUUCCCCCUAUAAUUUGUAGCAUGUCUGAACUCCUCUGUGUUGUUUAUUUAGUGCAUCUCUUGCUUCUGUUUACUACGGUUUAUAUUCCUAUGUAUAAAAAAAAGAAGAAAAAAACACAAAAAGGAAAAUAUUGGAAGAAAUUUUAAAAAAAUACUCCACACUCUCCGGAUAUAGGUAUACAUAUACAGUAUGUACAUAUAUCUUUUUAAAUACAGUAUGUGCAACAAAAUGUUUUUGAAUGUCAGCGUUUUUAUCAAAAGGUUACGAGAGCAAAAACAGAUUGACACACACAAGAAAAAUCACACUUUCAGAGGAAAUGGAUUCCCACUGUUAUUGACUACAGACUGCUGUGCCUUAAUCAUGCAGCAUUUUUAUCACCAGCUCAAUAUUAAGAAUCAUAAAUAUAGUUGCAGAUUUCCCUAGAAGUAUAGAUAUUUUGUACCAUCAAGGUUUUUUGGGGGGGUUUUUAAACACUGCCUCAACUAGGGUUGGCACCUCGGCCAUGUUUAUUUGGACACUUAUGAGUUAUACAUGCUGCAGGGUGUGCAGAGAGGAACAUGAAUAGUGCUGUUCAGUAUCACUGUUUGUGUGCUGUCUAGGUUUGAGAUUCAUGUUCCCACCUGCACACCCUGCAGCAUGUAUAACUCAUAAGUGUACAGGAAAACGUGACUGUGGUGGCAUCCCUAGUCACAACAACACUGGUACAUCUAUUAAAGAUGGAUUUCUGGUUUAAUUUAGUGCAAGAGCUCUUUCCAGAAAUAAAGCCACACAUUGUGAUGUAGGCAACUGUAGGGGUAAAAUAUGCAUUUUUAGCUUCUUUUUAGCUACCAACAACAGUAUCCACAAUCAUUGGUGGUGUUCUGGUAGCAGAUGACUGAAUUUUAGUUGCUUUUCUAAACAGUUUUUACUAUUUUUCUCUGAAAUUCACAUAUCAGCUGUUUGAAUACAAAAUCAGAUUUAUGUUAACAGUCCAUUUAUUUUUUAUGCCUUUCUCUUGCCCUUCAUAUAUGCUCUUUUGAUUUUUAGAUGAAAUCCUUUUGUGUUUUGUGCAUCUGUGACUUUUAUUUUGGAAAUAAAUUGUAUUUUCCAUUUAAAAUAAAA